CGCGGCCAGUCUCCACUCCGCACUCCGCAACAGGCCCCUCCCCUGGCGACGGCCGCAGCCGCGAAUCGCCUUCUAAGCCCUCACCGCCUCUCGGUAAUGCUCGCAACCUCGCUGCUCUGCGGCGCAUUCAUGCUGCCACGCCCGCCGCAGCCGCACGUCAGCACGCGGGCUCCGCCCCUGUGCAUGAAGGUCGUGGAUCUCUUUCCCGAUGCGCCCACCGUGGGCGGCAUACAAGUGGUGCCAAAGCCGUCGAGCUUUCCCGAUGCUCUCGAUGCGCCCACCGUGGCCAAGGCGGCAACCAUCACGCCCUUCCCCGACGUCGCCGACGUGAUCUUCGCUCCGACGGGCGGGAGCGACCUCGUCGCCGCCCUCUUCGUCGGCACGGCGUUGCUGCUCGGGCCAGACUUCCUCCUCGCGCCGGCUGGGCUCGUGUCCAGUCGCGGCAUCCGGCCCGGCUACGCACUCGAGGGCGUUGUCGGGGAGCUGGCGACGCCCGACGCGCAGUGGCUGCGGGACCGGCGGGAGCAGCUGGCGGCGGACGCGCCGCUCUCGGUGCGGCUGGCGGUGUGGAGCGCGUUUGUGGCGGCCGGGCUGCUCGUGGAGCGGUUGCUGUUGGUGGCGCUCGAGGACGCUGGCUUCGUGAUCAGCGCCGGCGUCUGCGCCUGCAUCGGCGGCGGACUGCUCGAGGAGUCACCAGCAGCACGGCUGGACGGGAGACCUGGUUCGUUCUCUCUUGCUACCCUGUGCCUCUCUGUUCAUCACAGGUGAUCCGGCCGCCGCUGCCGACCAGGGAGGAGCGGGACCGUGGCGCGAUGCUGACAGACGAGUUCCUCGCGUUUGCCGCUGACCGGCUUGCGCGCGGGGGCCGCUGCCACGAGCGAGACAUCGUCGCGGCCUUUCGGAGGUACUACCCGCGCUACAGGUACGCGGACAUGGAGCGCUCGGUGGACGGGCAGUCGCUUCCCGACAGCGAGAUCGCGGACCUUGCGCGCGCGUGGAACGGCUCGAUGGGGCGGCCGGGCGAGCGCACGUCGACGGGCUUCUGGAAGGGCAUCUCGCUGGCGGGAGGGGAGGAGUGACGCGAGUGAAGCGAGGGUAAAAAUCUUAAUACUUGGUU